ACAGGUCUCUUUGGACUCGUUACGACGAAUCAGAGCAGCAGAUCACAUGUCAAAGUCUCCAACGAGAUUCCUUGUUCCUGGAAAUGGUAUGGGGAAAUUAUUGAACAAGGGGGGAAGUGGAGUAGUAGAGCCAAAAUUUGGAGCGGGCCAUCCAUGGUCCAGUUAGUAUGUGGCCUGGUGAAAUUGGGUUUGGAGUGGUGGGCCUGCCCUGUUUCUUGGGAAUCCUUUUGGCCUGUCGAUGUCAGAAAAGAGCUCGGAGAUGGAAAGAGUAUCGAAAGGUUUUUUCUUUCUUUCUGGAAAUGGUUGCGCAGGCAGGAGGAUGGAGGAGACGGGAAGCUUCGUGCGAAGUAAAGCCUGCAUUCAAGUGUUGCAAAAAGCUCUGUCGUGAAGCUGAAUUAGGGGAAGCCCUUCUUCAGUUAUGCCCCUUCGAUUGCCCACCAAUUGGGGAGUUUGUUCCCUAAGGAGGUUCGUUCAUAUGGCUUCACACGUAACGUAAUCGUGAGCAAAAGUUGGGUUUGUUGUGUGGUGAGCGAGGCCGAGGGUUGUCUUUUCUAGUACAAAGAAAUGUUUGAUCAAUUCGGUCAUGGUGACAUAUCUUUAAGUAGGGCGGUCAGUUUGGUUUGAUUUUAGCCAAAAACAACCGAUAAGAAGGU